AUGAGUAAUCCUCGGAAACAGGGCACCACCACCUACAUCUUCCUCUGCAUCACCAUCUCCGUCGUAUCUUUAUUCUCCGGAAACGUCUCCGCCUUAGGAGUAAACUGGGGAACGAUGGCAACUCAUCAGCUACCUCCAAGGACGGUGGUACAGAUGCUGAAAGACAACAACGUACAGAAAGUGAAGCUUUUCGACGCCGACACAAACACCAUGGGAGCUCUUGCCGGCUCCGGCAUCGAAGUUAUGGUGGCAAUCCCUAACGAUCAGCUCAAAGCCAUGGGAAGCUAUAACAGAGCUAAAGACUGGGUCAGAAGAAACAUCACUCGUUUCAACGACGCCGUUAAAAUCAAGUAA